AAUCUUCACCUUACUCACUUUGGGACUUAUUUAUAAUCUCCUCUCUUCUCCUCCCGCCCCCGAAAACAAUUUGUACGUGCCAGGAGUAUGGAAGACGGUUUGGUACGUCCCUGCAGGAGUUCCCGUUCUGAGUUCCCGUUCGGCCUUAAGACUCCUCUAUAUUUUUGACACUUUUAACUGCGCUCAAUUUUUUUCUUUUAAACCAAAAACUUAUCAGUCAGUUCUUGCGGUUAACUGAAUUCCGCAUGGAAAUCUGGUGUUUUGUUCCAUUUAGACUCUGAGAUUGGAAUCUGGGAGAAAAUAAUUUGACAUCCAGGCACUUUUGACCUUCCCUGCCUGGGGCCAGAAAUCUCUGCCUCCCUCCCUCCUUUCUCUCUCUCUCUGUUUCACUUUUCUCCCUCUUUCUCUUUCUUUCUCUUUGUCUCACUUUCUGUCAUUCUUUUUGUCUUAUUCCUCUUUCUCUCACUUUUUCUUUCUCUUUCUUCCUCUCCUGUUCUUUCACUCUCUUUUUUCUCCCUGUCUCUUUCUCUUUUUCUCUUUUUUCUGUCUCUUUCUCUCUCUCUCUCUCUCUCCCAACCUCAAAACCUCCUUUGUGGUUACUACACAAGAGGGCUACAGGCCAGUAAACCCCCCUGGGUGCUGCAUUACAAGAAAUCCUUGACUUGCAACCGUUCCAUUAGUGACCAAAGUGACUGAGAAAAGUGACUCGCAACUAGUCCUCGCAUAUAUGACCAUUGCCAAACACCCCACAGUCACGUGAUCAAAUCACAGGCCCUUGUCAACCAGCGAUCUUCCCAAACGGCUUCCGACAAGCAAAGCCGGAUUUGCUUAACGACCGUGUGGUUCACUUAACAGCUGCGCUUAAGAACCAUGGCAAAAAGGCCAUAAAAUCGCGUGGGACCCCCUUAACGGCAGCUUUGCUUAGUAAUUGAAAUUCUGAUCACCAGCUGUGGUCGUAAUUUGAGGAUUGCCCUGUCUUGUUCUCCCUGGUUUGUAACUUGCACAACAAUUGGCACAUGUGCGUGCCAAAAAGACUGAACAGCACUUUAAUUCUGUAUAUAUAUAUAUAUAUAUAAGUACAUUUUUGAUACCCAAUAAAAAUGUCUAAAUUGAUUAAAAAAAACCUUGUCAAUUGUUUACUGCUUUAAAUCUGAUUUUUCAGCCAGUGGGAAGACGGAGGUGUUGCUGAGAACAUGAUGCUUAAAAAUAUUGGUUCCCAUUCAUUUUUUUGGAUAUCUAAAAAUGAGUUUUGAAUGAGGGUUUUAAAACUCUUCUGAACGCGUCUUUUGUAUGUCAUUUAUUCCCGUUGCACAAAAAGCUUUGAUGAUCCACCCACAAUUAUUCUUUAGCAACAAAAAAAAAAACUUUGAAAAGUUGAGAAGAGGAGAGAAAUCAGCUGGAAGUUAGCCAGAUUUCAUGUUUUUAAUAGGGGUUUUUUGGGGGUGGGUGGGGAAAUUGUUCAGCAUAAAUGAAAGACAGAAGGAAUUUUGCUGUGCGUUGGUUUUUUGCUUUGCUUCCUUUAAGCCACUAAAUCAGAGUUCAACUGAAUUAACCUAGAGAUUAAUCUUGGGGGGGGGGGCAGAGAGACAAGAAAAUGUUUAUUGAAAAUUUAAGGCACGGAUAAAUUUGAGGCAUACGUUUUUUAAAAAGAGGGGAAGCGGAAGCGAGGGGAUGGAAAGAGAGAAAGAGGAAGACAGAGAGAAAGAACGAGAGAGGAGAGAGAGAAUGAGAAAAAGAGAAAGACAGACAGAAAGAAAGAAAAAGAUGGAUGAAAAGAGAAAGAGACAGUAAAAAGAGAAUUUGGAAAAACAGCCAUUCAUUUAGCAAAAAACCCCAACGUAUCUCCCUCUCCAUCGCUUCCCUGCUGUCAGGACUUCUGUCAGCCAUUUAUCAAGCAUGUGUCGGGCAGUUCCGCAGGCGCUUUGUGAAUUUUCGGACGCCGCCUUCCUUGUGCAUACCGUGUGCCGUCACCUCUUUCUAGAAACAGGCUGUAAUUGCUUUUUGAUGGCUCACUUGGGAGGUUUCAAAAGCAGACAGGUAAUUAAUUGCCUCAGGUGAAGAACCGCACCCCCCCCCCCCGUCUUUCUCUUUCUCACAUUCCAUUUCUCUGUUUUCUGUCUCUUUUUCUUUCUUUUAUGCCUCUCUCGUUCUGUCUUUCUUUUUCUUUUUCUCUCUUUCUCUCUCUUUCCUUUUUUGUCUCCUUUUAUCUUUCUUUUUCUUUCUCUUUCUGUCUCUUUCUGUCUCUGCUUCUUUCUAUCUUUAUUUUUCUCUUUCUUUCUCUGUUUUUCUCUUUCUCUCCACCUCUCUCUCUUUUUAUCUUUCUUUUUCUUUCUUUUUCUUUCUGUCUUUCUCUGCCUUUCUUUUUCUCACUCUUUCUUUCUCUGUUUUUCUUUUUCUCCUUCUGUCUCUCUUUCUCUGACUUUCUCUUUCUUUCUGUCUUUCUCUUUUUCUCUUUCCAUCUCUUUUCUCUCUCUCUCUCUCUCUCUCUUUCUUUCUCUUUCUGUUUCUUUCUCUCUCUCUCUCUUUCCCUGUUUUUCUUUUUCUCUUUCCAUCUCUCUUUCUCUUUUUCUCUUUCUCUUUUGUUCUCUUUUUCCUUCUGUCUCUCUCUUUCUCUGCCUCUCUCUUUCUGUCUUUCUGUCUUUCUCUCUCUCUCUCUCUCUGUGUUGAAUAGCACACCUGGGCUGCUCUCAGAAGUUCUUAAGGAAAUACAGACAAUCCUCGACAUACAACAGCUCACUUAGUGACCAUUCAAAAUGACAACGGCUCUGAAACAAGAGACUAAGAACUGCUUUUCACAUUUACAAUCGUUGCUGCAUCCUAGUGGUCACACGAUUAAAACCGUGGCCGUAAAUCAAGGACUACCUUGAUAUUAAAUACACAUAAAUGUGUAUUAUGUGUAUUAAAUACACAUAAAACAAAUUGGAGCGUCACUUCCACCCUGAGAGCCCGUUCGGAUCUUUGGCACCUGAGGCUCAAAUCUGAUUUUUUUGGGGGGGGGGAUUUUUCCAUCGUCUCGAACUCACAGCCUGCAAAAGUUUCAUGGGUGAAUUUUUGGGGCUGACCCAGCUCAUUUUAAAUGCUGUUUAGACAACCUGGUGAACCCAAAGCCAGGGGAAGUUUCAAGCGUCCAAUUAGGAGCUGCAAAUCCGGUUCCUCUUAACUGGGACACCGAGGGAUGACUGCAGCCAAAUGACAGAGCUGGGCUGGCCAGCUAAAAGCCGCAGAGCUUUUGAACAGAAGUGAGGAGGGGGAAAAAUCCCCUGGAUCCAAGGACGAAAAAGGGGGCGAGGAUUCACAGAAAAAGAGGUAGAAGCGGAAAAGAAAAAUGUCGGGUGGGAUCUUCACCCCCUUGGAGAACCUGUGUGAACUCGACAACGCCAACUGCCACCCGCUGGUGUGCUUCCUGUGCCACGAGCAGUACCAGCACCCCUGCCUCCUGGAUUGUUACCACAACUUCUGUGCCAGCUGCCUGCGGGGACGAGCCAUCGACAGCCGUCUGGCAUGUCCCCUGUGCGGCUACCAGUCCGUCGUGAAAGGGAACGGGCUCCCUCCCGAAGACCAGCUGCUCAAAUUUCUAGUGGACAGCUCUGGAGACUACGAAGAAGGCGUCCUGUGUGCGAAUUGUGACCUGCAAAGCACAAAGCAGGAGCUAGACGCCAUGUACUUCUGCAAUACUUGCAGCCAGCCGCUGUGUGCCAAGUGCCGCGACGAGACCCACAAGGCCAGGAUGUUCUCCCGCCACGAGAUUGUCUCGCUGAGCAAACGGGCAAAGGAGGUCCAUAAGAAAUGCCCCCUCCACAAGGAAUUGUACAUCAUGUUCUCUACGGAGAAAAAAUCCAUGCUUUGCAUUAACUGUUUUCGAGAUAUGCCUGUGGAGAGCCGAGCUCACUGCAUCGAUAUCGAGACGGCCUACAUGCGAGGUUGUGAGAAGCUGGACCAGGCUGUGAUGGCGGUGAAGGAGCUGCAGACGUCCACCCGCGAGGCCAUCGUCCUCCUCAAAGCCAUGAUUGAAGAGGUCCGGAACAGCGCAGACGAGGAGUUAUCGGCCAUCAAUGCCCUCUUCAGCAGCAUGCAGGAGAAACUGGCCGAGAGGAAGAAGACUCUCCUAAAAGCUGUGCAGAGCCAGUACGAAGAAAAGGAAAAAGCUUUUAAGGAGCAGCUGGCACACCUGGCUUCUCUGCUGCCAACCCUCCAGGUGCACCUGGUGACCUGUUCUGCGUUUCUCAGUUCGGCCAACAAAGCCGAAUUCCUGGAUUUGGGCUACCAACUCAUGGAGCGCCUGCAAAGGAUUGUCAAACAACCCCAUCGGUUGAGACCGUCCCAAACUAGCAAGAUCAACAGCGAAUACCGGGCUGAGUUUGCCCACUGCCUGGAGCCUCUACUGCCCUUGUCCCCACGCCGGUCUGUGGUGGGCACCGCAGGAGCCAUUGGACCUGGCCUGAGCAACAGCAACAUGAUGUCUGGGGGUCCUGGCUCCAAGACCCUCUUAGUAGCCGGCUGUUCGGCGUCCCAUGAAAAGAUGCCCCUGGCUGGAUCGCCGGUAAGGAAGGCCACGAUGCACCGAUACAUCAGCACCAAAGUCCUUUUAGCCGAAGGGAGAGAGUCGCCCUUCACCGACCACUGUCGGGACUACGAGAACAUGUAUCGGGCGCUACAGACCGAGAUCCAGAGCUUGAAAGACCAAGUGCAGGAGCUCCACCGCGACCUCACCAAACACCACUCCCUCAUCAAGACGGAGAACAUGGGGGAAAUCCUGCAGAAAUCCCUCCAGAUGGACGUCCAGAUCGCGUCCGAAUUCUCCUCCGUGGAAAUGAGACGGACCGAGUUUGAAGAGACCUGGGAGGAAACCUACCAGCGGGUGGCCAACGAGCAAGAGAUUUACGAAGCCCAGCUCCAUGACCUGCUGCAGCUGAGACAGGAGAACAGCUACCUGACGGCCAUCACCAAGCAGAUCGCCCCCUAUGUCCGCUCCAUCGCCAGGGUCAAGCAGCGGCUGGAGCCCAGGUUCCAGGAGUGGAAAGAGAAACCAGAUCAGCUGGAGAGCCUGCUCAAAAUCUACGAAGACGGACCCCUCCCAGCCGAGGCUCCACCCAGUAGCACCGGCAGAGAGUGGGCACCUAAGCCAGAAGCACAGAUGCUCGGCCCGUCCGCCAUGGACCCGCAGCCGAAAAGCACCGAGGGCUUCAAAAACAAGUUGAAAACCAGGGCCGAGACCCUCUCGGAGCCCACCGGAGCCCCUGCAAGUCUAACCAAGGAAGGAGACCUGGAGACGCAGCUUCUUUUGCGUUGAGGGUGCAAAAUUUUCCUUUUGGAGGAAAUAUAUAUAUAUAUAUAUAUCUA